CCGAAAAGCGAAAAGGCAGCAAAUGCGAAGCUCACCCCGGCCAUCUUUUUCGUCUCCGUAACAAUAUUUCUUCCUCCGCCGUUGCCAAAAAAAAAAGUCCAACUCCGAAGAUAACCUAAGAAGUAAAUGACCGCCGUCUUCAAAAUCAUGUCCAUGCAUCCCAUCAUAUUUUAAGUACUUACCAACUUGAAUAUGCGCAUCCGACUACCUUUCGCAGGUAUCUUUCUCCUGCUAUGCCUGCUAGCAGGCUAUGCGGGCCUGUCGUCCCUACAACUCGACACUAUCGUUAACGACAAAGUCCUACACUUCUUCACAUUCUUCCUCCUAACCCUCGCCUUCUACUGGAUCAUCGAUACCAACCGCCGUCGUACCCUUAACCUAACUAUCGUUGUCUGCACAAUAUGUCUGGGUGUCGGUUCCGAGUUCCUCCAAGGAUUCCUGCCUAACGGGCGAGAGUUUGAUCCAUACGACAUCGUGGCCAACGUUGCGGGCAGCUUAAUAGCAUUAGGGUUAUGCUCCUGGUACCACCUACGAAUGCUAGAAAGGAAGCGACAGCGAAGACAAUACAACGCCGUCCCGGGCGAAGAUGUCGAAGACCUUGAGCUGGGUGAGAGCGUCGGGCUACAAGAGGAGGGUGUCAUGUCAGCCGCUGGGAACGAGCGAAGCGCCACAUUAGAAGAUGAGGUCGAUAAUUGGGACGAGAAUGCGGUGGACGCAUGGGACGAGGAUGAAGAGGAAGCCGAUAUAGGUGUCAGUAACGGAAAGACACUCGGACAAAAUGGAGGAGAGGCGGGUGAAGCUAAGAAAAGAGUUGACUGAAAAGAAUACCAUGAGAAUACGAUGCAAUGGCUGGACGGACUAAAUGAUACCUUUUUCCUCUCAGGCAUAAAAUAUGUUUAUUAACGGCGUGAACUUUGGUUGAUCCCAGUGAUUUAUGACUUCACGAAGCCGCCAAAAGGCACUUCACAAGAAUGACCUUUACACCCAAAUAUUGACUCAUUUCAAAGGAUAAGGCAAGUUGCAAACAUUUAAAUGUUUAACAAGAGCGAUGACGAUAUUAUGUUUUACUUGCCACUUAAUUACUUAGUUUGAUUUACAGAUGAUAAGUCCACCUCGAGAUAGCAAACUACCAACGAUACUACCUUAGAUAUAUUACUAUUAUAGGAACAACUACGUACAAUAUUCGCAUCGA